UUCCUUUUUAAAUUACAGUUACCGUUCCCGCGAACUCCCCAUCUUCUCGACCUUCACCCACUCCGGUAAUCCUGAGCUCCACUCUACAACCAUGAGCAGAGCAUGCCGUGAGGCGGAGCGGCGAGUCCUCCGCCUCCUCCAUGGCCACAAAACCCGAACCCAUCUCCGCCAGAUCCACGCCCACCUCCUCCGCCAUGGCCUUGGCCAAGUCAAUCAAGUCCUCGCCCACUUCGUCUCCGUUUGUUGGUCACUCAACAAAAUGAGCUACGCAAGUCGCAUUUUCAAUCAAACCCACAACCCCAACAUCCUCUUCUUUAAUUCCAUGGUCAAAGGAUUCUCACUCUGCAAACCCUUCGAACAAUCCCUAUACAUCUUCUCUCUCAUGAAAUACCAGAGCAUCCGCCCCGACGAGUACACUUACGCGCCGUUGCUCAAGUCAUGCUCGAACAUUUGCGAUUACAGACUAGGCCAGUGCGUCCAUGGACAGAUUCUAAGAGUUGGGUUUGAAUGGUUUAGUUCGAUUAGGAUUGGAGUUAUUGAGCUUUAUGUAACUUGUGGGAGAAUGGGGGAUGCUGAGAAGGUGUUUGAUGCUUUGUCUCAGAGAGAUAUCAUCGUUUGGAAUUUGAUGGUUCGUGGGUUUUGCAAGACAGGUGAUGUCGAUAAGGGAUUGUGUUUGUUUAAGCAGAUGGGUGAACGGAAUGUUGUUUCUUGGAACUCGAUGAUUUCGUGCUUAGCGCAUAGUGGGCGAGAUAGUGAGGUUUUGGAACUUUUUCGUGGGAUGCUUGAUCAGAGUUUUGAACCAGAUGAAGCGACUGUGGUUUCGGUUUUGCCUGCGUGUGCUCAUUUGGGAGCUGUUGAUGUUGGGAAAUGGAUACACUCUUAUACGGAUGCUAAAGGACUUCUGCAAGAAGUUGCAUCUGUAGGGAAUUCACUUAUAAACUUUUAUUGUAAAUGUGGAGACUUGGAUGCUGCUUGUAGUGUUUUCGACCAAAUGCCUCGCAAAAACGUUGUUUCCUGGAACACACUGAUUUCGGGAUAUGCUUUUAAUGGGAAAUGUGAACUUGGGAUCGGCUUGUUCGAGGAGAUGAUAAGCAAGGGCGAGAGACCUAAUGAUGCAACAUUUGUUGGGGUUUUAACAUGUUGUGCUCAUGCAGGCUUGGUGGAAAAGGGAAAGGAUUUGUUUGCUUCAAUGAUUGAGACUCACCAAAUUGAGCCGAAACUAGAGCAUUAUGGAUGCAUGGUUGAUGUUCUCGGGCGAAGCGGACGGGUGAGGGAGGCUCAUGACCUGAUUAAGAGUAUGCCUACGAAACCGAAUGCUGCUUUAUGGGGUGCACUACUAGGUGCUUGCUCUACUCACGGUGAUGUAGAGCUCGCGCAACUCGCAGCUAAAGCGCUUAUCAAUCUCGAACCAUGGAAUUCGGGUAAUUAUGUGUUGCUGUCAAAUAUUUAUGCAGAAGAAGGCAGGUGGGACGAAGUUGAGAAAGUUAGAGAUUUGAUGAGGGAAAACUGCAUCAUAAAAGCACCAGGGCAGAGUGCAAUUGGGUAGUCAUGAAAUUUACGUUCGGUGAAGAUGUAACCUUCAUUUUUCGACUUCCGACUUCCAUAAACAAAGAUGUUUUUUCUUUUAA